AUGAGCAGAAUUGACUAUGUUGUUGAUAUGGUCAUUCUAUCUGGUGCGCUCAAUGCGGAACCAAAGGAUGAGCGAAAUCGGUUGCAGUGGCGGUUUAUUAACACCAAGACACACAUCUCUUCACCUUGGCCAGAGGCCACGCAGACAUGGGGAAAGAUUUUGCCAACGUACUCGCAAGGAUUCCCGUGGUUUCCUUUGCUCCCAGCUGUUGGGCGGGCUGGGUUUUUGGAGCAAAGGCACCGGAUACUGCUGAGUCUCCUGAGAGUGUCUCCUUUCCGAGGCUGCAGUAGCUCGUAUCCGGUUCUGCGGUACCGAGAAGGAGGGCUCAGGCUCCGGGGGCAAGUGUUGCAGUUGGUCCUGGAGCCCCAAGCCCAGCAAAGCCUACGGCUCCCUGCUGGUGCGCAGCUCUCGCUGAAACUCUUGCUCUCUGUCUGGGGAAUGGAAUGGCCUCAACCAAGGCUCCCGAAACCAGCCCUGCCGCUCCCUCUUGUGGUCCCAUUCUCAAGAGCGGCUCUUUGCGCCGCGGGGCAUCUCCUUCGCUUCUGCGCCCUUGUGCAACUAUUUCGGCAACUAAACUACUUACGCUCCUACGGGACAAGGAGAGGGAGGGGAGCCCGUGGCAGAGCUCUGAUGAACAUAUACAAGUAGAGAAUGAAGAGCCAAAGAAAUGCAGUACUUC